CUAUGAACCCUAGAGUUGAGAAUGUGCAAUCGGGCCCUAGUGCCCCUUUGCUCGCCCCAGAUCGGGUGGUCCUUGAUCAGGACCAGGGGGACACUGAUCCAAUCCAUUCGGAGACUGGAUACUCAGGUGGCUGGUUCAUCUGGGCCUUGACAUUUUCUGCAGGUAUCAGUGGACUUCUAUUUGGCUAUGAGUAUGUAAUCGAUGCAUCCCUUGCGAUGAUCUUGACUAAUGUUCUGAGAUGCUCAUUAGCACCGGCGUCAUUUCAUCAACUCUCGUAUCUAUCGGCUCCGAUCUCUCCAACCGCACCCUCACCACCUUGGACAAAAGUUUGAUCACAUCCUGUACAAGCCUGUUUGCUCUGAUAGCAAGCCCGUUGGCUGGACUCUUGGCGGAUAAACUCGGUCGGAGGAGAGUGAUUCUCGUUGCAGAUGCUCUUUUUGCCCUGGGGGCAAUAUGGCAGGCCGCCACGAAUGAAGUAUGGGGCAUGAUUGCCGGACGGAGCAUUGUUGGCUUGGCGGUUGGCAGUGCCAGUUUGGUGACACCAUUGUAUAUCUCUGAGUUGGCGCCAUCCCAUGCUAGGGGAAGACUUGUGGUCAUCCUCAGCUUGUUCAUUACGGGUGGUCAGGUUGUAGCAUACGUUACCGGCUGGCUGUUUUCCUCUACAACCGGGGGUUGGCGUUGGAUAGUUGGCCUUGGGGCAGCUCCGGCGGUCUUCCAGUUUGUCAUAUUGAUUGCUCUACCUGAGACCCCACGAUGGCUGGUUCAAGCGGGGCUUGAAGCGGAAGCAACAGCUGUACUGUCCAAGACCUACCAGGGCUACCCUGAUAGUGAGUGGGCUGCGAAACAGGUCCUGCGUGAUAUUCAACGGGAGGUUGCAGAAGAGGAAGAAGAACUCGGCAGCAAUAAAACCGGUAACGACGCGCAGUGGUUCCAUAAUGUUUCGCGACGUGCUCGGGACCUCUUUCACAUUGGUGGGAAUAAAAGGGCACUGACAAUCGCAGCGUUCCUUCAGCUCCUGCAACAAGCUGCGGGAUUCAACUCAUUGAUGUACUUCUCAGCGACCAUCUUCACGAUGCUUUCCUUCUCCUCACCGACGCUUACGUCGCUCUCGGUAGCUAUGACCAACUUUCUCUUUACGCUUGUUGCGUUUGCCUUGAUUGACCGAAUCGGUCGGCGCCGUAUCCUUCUCUAUUCGAUACCGGUCAUGGCACUUUCACUAAUCGCCUGCGCCUUGGCCUUCUCGUCUUUGGAUAUGUCAAAAAUGCUAUCGGAAACCCAGACGAGGGCAGAGAGCGAUGGUUCUUUCCAUCCAAUUGCAAUUCUCAUCUGUUUAACGGUAUACACUGCAUCAUACGCAUUUGGACUGGGCAAUGUGCCCUGGCAACAGUCUGAGUUGUUCCCACUAAAUGUACGCUCUAUUGGAUCGGCACUCGCCACCGCGACGAACUGGGGUUCAAAUACUAUAGUGGCACUCACCUUUCUGCCCAUGAUGGAAUGGCUAUCACCUAGCUGGACAUUCACUGUGUAUGCAGUCAUAUGUGUAGCCGGGUGGUUCGUUGUGUGGGCAAUAUAUCCCGAGAUGAGCGGUCUCAGUCUAGAAGAAGUUAAAGGGCUUCUGGCGGACGGCUGGGGGGUCAGAGAGAGUUUGGCAAGAAGACACAACCGCCAAACGAGAUAGAUUAAAUGGACAGAAGCCCAGGGAACGAAGAUGAAUUCCCAGGAGAUGGUAGUAAUCAGAUAUAUACCCCCAGACGCGCUCAAUCUUCUGUCGAAAAUAUCAACCGCGAAAAGCUUUCAGGAUUCAGGACAUCAAUAUAUACCCAUCUGCUUGAUUGGAGAAGGCUGCAACCGUCACGCCUGAGCGGUAGGUGGUACAUGUUCAUUUUCUUUAAAUCGCUGCAUGAUACUAUCCAAAAAGUGUGGCUAAUUAGAGUACCCUUGGUAGCUUUCCACAUUUUAAAUAGAACAUGACACGAGGAGACCUAUUUGACACCCUCCAAUUUGGUCUGGCCAUCUGUUAUUGAGGCCCAGUCCUGGCAUGAAGUAAGAUUUCACAGCUUAAACACCUGAGC